ACCUCCAGCUCCAGCUCCCAUUGAUGCGAUCGCUGCGGAGCUGCUGACUGUCACUCUUCCUUUUCUGGGUUACUGUAGUUUUGGGUUAAACAGACCAGCUUCGUCUCCGUUUAACAGCCGGACAUUCCUUUCACCUCAUCUUCCUUGUCUUUGCGCAUCGCCCAAACCGCAGCCACGAUGACGGAGGCGGAGGCGUUGGAGAAGAAGCAGCAUAAGUCCAGCAACGGAAAUGUUCCUCCAGAGGCCACCACAGAAGACGCGUUUGAUCACACAUACAAAGAGAAAGAGGGCCCCAAACCUCCCAAGAUCAUCGUGUGGAAAAAUGUCAUAUUGAUGACUCUGUUGCAUAUAGGUGCCCUGUACGGCGUGUUCCUCAUCCCUUCAGCAUCUCCUUUGACCUUGCUUUGGUCCGUACUUUGUUUUUUGAUAAGUGCUUUAGGAGUUACUGCAGGAGCCCAUCGCCUGUGGAGUCACAGAUCCUACAAGGCGUCAUUACCACUAAGGAUCUUUCUUGGUGUUGCUAACUCCAUGGCGUUUCAGAAUGAUAUCUUUGAAUGGGCUCGAGACCACAGGGUCCACCACAAAUACUCAGAGACAGACGCGGACCCUCACAACGCCGUCCGAGGCUUCUUCUUUGCUCACAUUGGCUGGCUGCUGGUGCGCAAACACCCCGACGUCAUCGAGAAAGGACGCAAGCUGGAGCUCAAUGACCUGCUGGCUGACAAAGUUGUAAUGUUUCAAAGGAAGUAUUACAAGCCGUCGGUGCUGGUCAUGUGCUUCUUCGUCCCAAUGUUCGUGCCUUGGUACCUGUGGGGGGAGACUCUGUGGGUGGCGUACUUCAUCCCGGCUCUGCUGAGGUACACCUUGGUCCUGAACGCCACCUGGUUGGUCAACAGCGCGGCUCACAUGUGGGGGAACAGGCCCUAUGACAAGAGCAUCAACCCCAGGGAGAACAAGUUUGUCACGUUCAGCGCUAUAGGUGAGGGAUUUCACAACUACCACCACACGUUCCCCUAUGACUAUGCAACCAGCGAGUUUGGCUGCAAGUUGAACCUUACAACUUGUUUCAUCGACUUCAUGUGCUUCUUGGGCCUGGCCAAGGACCGCAAGAGAGUGUCCCACGAGCUGGUACUGGCCCGAAUACAGCGCACUGGAGACGGAAGCCACCGGAGUGGCUAAGAUUGUUGAGUUGUGGUCAGCUUCAAGGCAAGACAACCGAAACGAAGAAGCUUCACAGUCUUUGACAGCUAUACAUUUCUCAUCCUCUGAGGAUGAAAGUCAGCUUCAUGAGGGCCUUGACCACAUUUUGCUUGUUUUUGUGGUUUUUGUAGCUGUAACUAAACAAAAUGUUCAAGAUGGAUAAAAAAAAAAACAAAAAAAACAACACAUUUUUGCUAAGCUCUUAGCCUCAGUUUCUAUUGUUCAGUCAGGCCAAGGUCUUGCAAAGAUGUUUUAGAUUUGAAGUAGAUACAUUUUAAAAGUCAACUUCAUUCUCCGCUGUUUUGCCACUUUGGUGUGCAUUUCUUCAUGCAAGAUCAGUCAUGUAGCCGAUCAUUUUUCUGUAAGUAUUACUCAAUUAUUAAUCAAAAUAGACAAGAAGUGGAGCACUGAAAUAUGGAGUAACAAUGUUUUAACUGAUAAGGUAUGAUGCUGAUGGGGAGACUGUUGCCUUUUAUUGCAGUUUACAGCAAGUUUUUACAGUUCUGAUAUAAAUUAAGUUUUGGAGCGCUCUAAGAUCUGAAAAAAAAAGGAAAAAAAAAAGGAUGAGAGUUUGAAUCACGUUCGUUUCGUUAAAAAAAAAAGGAAAAAAAAAGUUGCUGGCUUUAAUGAAAUAUGGCACAUGAUGGAAGAGUGAGGGAACCCAGACCGUCUUAUUAUAACUUGACUAUACUGACAACUGGUAUGCCAAACCUGUACAGAAACCAAGUCAUGCAUUGUGUUUCUGUGUAUAACUUGGUUGUCUUUUGCAGAAAAAAAAAGACUAAUACUGUAUUUAGUCUGUGUAAUAAUUGGAUGGAGCGUUUUCAAGACAAUUUAAGGGACACAUUUAUCAUUAAAUUAAAACUGCCAUUGAACAUUAACAGCAAAUGAUAAAUGUCAUUUUACCGUAGAACCAUGCAAUGUUUAAUUGACUUUUUUUGUGUUUCUGGUGAAUAUAUCACAGUGCCAAGAGCGUGCCAAUUGUCGCCAUAUUUAUAAUCAUCUCUAUGGUCCACUAGAGCACACUAAGUCGAUAUUGCUUCUUCACUUAACAUUGUCAUGGAAGUUUUUAAAUAUUGUGGCAUCAGUGGCUUUUGCUUCCUCUUUGAGAUUUUUAUCCGACAUGUCCCUCUUUUGUCCCGAAACAUCUGCAGCAGCGGUCCCAUUGGUCGAUGUAGCAGCAGGUCAUGUGACAGUUCUGGUGUUACAAAAACAACAUGCCACCCAUGCAUGACGAUAUACUGUAGUAGGUGUUGUAGUGAGGUGUAUUUUUUUUGUCGGUGACUCUAACGGCAGAACCGCGUCUAUUUUUGUAAUGUACUGUGGAGCUGCAUCGCUUUUGGAUCAUCAGAACUGUUGCCGUGGUGAUUUCUGAGACAGGGUCUGGUUUCCUUUUGAUGUCCUACAAAAGCUGAUUGUUGUUGCAAAAUUUCAGGUGCAGCGAUGUUUAUGUUCAUCUUCAAUUCUGGUGUGCGGAAUGCUUACAUGACCUUAUUUAUGUAUUUAUUUUGUUUUUUUUUUCUUAUUGACUUAAAAAAAAUUAUUGCUCUAACCUGAACAAGUUUCUGCAUUCCAAAAUUUGGCAGACAGUCUGAUAAAAUAUAUCAAAUUGGAGCAGCUCUUUUUUUUUCCCAAGAGUCAGGAUACAACCUAAUGCCUUAUGACUUGCAUCCAUUCCUGAUCUUCUUCAUGUCCUGUCAGUUAAGACAAAAAGGCUCAAGCACCACAAAACAAAUCUGACCGUGGUCCAUGUUUACAGGCUGAAGCACCAGGUCGAACAUUGUUUUUAUUUUUAAACCACAUGAGCAUUUAAUUUAGCCAAAUGGUUGCGUGACAACAUCAAGGUAGUAUAAAAUAUAUGAAAUAUAUAUAUAGAUAUAUAUGACUAGAGCAUAGACGUUCAUUUUCAUACAAUCUGAUACAAACUUAACGCCUGGUGCAGACGUUUUAAUCACCAAAUUUAACUUGAAAAAUAUGGUCCCUGAUGGAUGUGCCAACUAGUUUCAACCCAUCACAGCAUCUCAGUAUGAAAUCCUCCACACAAAGGUGCUGUCAUGAGGAAUGUUGGAGCAUCAUCAGAGCUCCUACCAAACCCGACAAUAAAUAUCACAAGCCAUGCAAACAACUCCCGCUGUCCAGAGCGUAGAAAUCAACAUUUUCCUAAUGACAAUGAGGAUCAAAAGGUUGUCAGUCUGAAUGAUUAUGUCAAAUCUCAACUGUGUUCUAUUCUGAAAUUAAAUUCACAAUAUUUUCAAUACACUGGUAAUUCAA